ACGGAAGUAAAGGUUCGUACAGCGAGCUUGAAGAGCGCUGCGGCAUCAAGGUGCAUCUGCGACACUUUAAUGGGCAGGAAAGCGGAAAUGGCCCCGGUGUUGGCGGACUAAGAAAUGGGCUCCGCGCCUCGGAAGCCAUGGCUCGAUCCGCCGACAGCCGCGACGAGGACGUACAAUCCCGGCUGGGAGACGUGGUGGAUCCCCGGGAUGUGUCCCUGGAGGAGGUGCUCAGGUCCUACGAGCAGCCCAUCAACGAGGAGCAGGCGUGGGCGCUGAGCUUCCAGUGCUGUCGCCACCUCGCCGACACGCACCCGCCCAUCGCCACGCAGGUUCACGAGCUGUCCGCCAUCCUCGUCCACAGGGACGGGAGCGUGUCUUUAGUCCCCAACACAACACUGCAAGAUGAAGCUGACUGCUUUUCAUGGAAUCCAGAACGACGGCUGGUCCAGUCGCUCGGUGUUGCCAUCUAUCGUGCCCUGGACUGGGGGCUGAAUGACAGUGAGGAGCGGGAGCUAAACCCGCAACUUGAGUGCCUUAUAGAAGGCAUGGCAGGAGGAGACGGUGACAGAGAGUUGGACUGCUACCCUGGGAACUCAACGUCUGAUGAGGGGUACAGUGGCCAGGAAGAGGAGGAUGAAGAUAACUCUGGCAUCAGGCUGGUGUCUACCUUCCGCCAAGUCAUGAUGAUUUGUGCGUCUCGGCUGGUCAACCCCAGCUUGGCUGCGGAUCACUACCAGGCGGUAUGCAGAGCUCUGUUUGUAGAGACACUGGAGCUGCAGACCUUCCUCGCCAAGAUCAAAGAUGCUAAAGAGAUGCUGAAGAAGAUCACCAAGGAGGAAGCUGUGGAAGAAAGUGAGCUGGACAGCCUGAAACACAAAGACUGGGCUCGUUUGUGGGUCCAGCUAAUGAAGGACCUCAGGCAGGGAGUGAAGCUGAAGAAGGUCCACGAACAACCUUUCAACCCGCUGCCCACCGAGUUCAGCCUCACACCCUUUGAGAUGCUGAUGCAGGAUAUACGAGCAUGCAACUUUCAGCUGCGCAAAGUCAUGUUGGAUGGUGACAUUCCGACCAGAGUUAAGAGAAACGCUCAUGAAGUCAUUCUGGAUUUCAUCAGAUCGAGACCACCAUUAAAACCAGUUGCAGAACGUAGUCUGGCACCUGCUCCGCCACAACAACAAUCUCUGCAUGAGCAGGUCUUGGCUGAGAUCAAGCAGGAGCGAAAGCUCAGGCCUGUCGUCCUGCCCACAUCACGACCAUUCGGAUCUAUGCCUUGCUUGGCUCAGACGUGUCCUUGUAGUUCCAAGUCCACUUCCUGUAUAGACCUGUCCAUCUCGGAGGCCGGGUCUCGGUCCCAGGUGCCAUCUCGUCCUCGCAUCCUUCUCAAAGCCCCGACUCUGGCAGAGAUGGAGGAGAUGAACGUGUCUGAGGAAGAAGAGUCUCCUGACACAUCGGAGCUAAGGAGGACAGAGAGCUCGCCGACGCCGCUCAAGCGAGAUCGCUCCUUUUCCGAACAUGACCUGGCUUUACUGCGUGGCGAGAUUCUUCCCUCGCUCUCGGAAUCCGUCCAUUUUGGCGACACGGUCGCACUGAAUGGCGGAAGGCCGCGGUCGAGAACGCUGACGGGACCCGAGCUGCCUCCGAAACACAGAGCAUUCUUCCCACUUGAUGACUCCAUGUCCAGCUCUCCUGCUCGCUUGUCUCUGAGCUCUGUUGAUGAGGCCUCAGAAGGAUAUGAAAAGAUGUUCAACUGCAGAUCGGACGAGCAUCAAUGGAUGGAGGAGUUCAGCCACCCCGUGGAGAGUCUGGCCUUGACUGUUGAUGAGGUCAUCAACGUGCGCCGAGUGUUGGUCAAAGCGGAAAUGGAGAAAUUUCUUCAGACCAAGGAACUCUACAAUAACCUGAAAAAAGGCAAGGUUUGCUGUUGCUGCAGAGUCAAGUUUCCUCUUUUCUCUUGGCCAUCUUCCUGCUUGCUGUGCAAAAGACCAGCGUGUGCUGCUUGCAGUGCGAAGAUGAAGAUUCCCUCCAAGAAGAUGGCACAUAUUCCUGUGUACACUGUGGGUUUCCACAGCGCUCCGAAGAACCAUCAACACAGAAGCAAAGUUUAUAAAUCUCUGUGCAAACUGUCUCGCUGCUCCGUGGAGGAGGAGUUCCCCCACCUGUACGCCAAAGGAUGCACGCUGCGUGAUGUUUGUGCUGACUGCACUAAAUUUGUGGCUGAUGUCAUUUCGUCCAGCCGUCGAAGCCUGGACCUUCUCAACAACACCCCUAAGAGAGAGGCCAAGACUCUUCAGGGACUGUCGAUCCCACCGUGAGAAACAGUCCCUGAAUCUGGUGCCCUCAGAGACCUCCACACCAGCAGCCAGGUCACAUGAUUCUCUAUUGCUCUUCCCUAGUACAGUAUUUCUUGAUCAACUGCAUCGUAACUGCACACACAGCAUACUGUACAUAAAUGAGCAGUGGAGUUGAGUGACUGCUAUGCAGCAUGGAAACAAGCUAAGUAGCAUGGUGGCUAGCGCCAUGCAGGUUGCCUUAUUAUAUUGACAAUGUAAAAUAUAGUGAAAGCCAGUUCAAUAUGUGCUCAUACACAGCAGAUAUAUUUUUCAUCAAUGGAUGUAACUACUAGGGCUAAUCCUAAACACUGCCCCUGACCCUACUGACCUUAACCUCGCACUGUAACCUUUGUAAUCCCUAAACUGCAAACCCCUUCACCCUGCUCACCUUAAUCCCCAGUCCUAUGAACCUAAACCCCCAACCCUACAAACCUUAACUCCAAACCAUAACCCUUCUUACUGUAAACCAGGUGUGUCCAAAUUACCGCCCGCGGGCAGAGUGCGGUCCGCCGGCCUAUUCAAUUUGGUCCAAGCCGUCAUGAGUUCAACGAAGCAUCGAUAAACUUUCAAAUUAACACCAGGCGGUUUCUGAAUGCUACAUAUUUGCUGCCAUCUUGUGGACAAUGUGAGUAACCCUCUAUCCCUAAACUUUAAACCUGACCCCCUAAUCCUAACACUUAACCUCUGAAGGCCGACCCCCAGCCGUAACCAACUAACCCUUACUGUGGACUUUUCAACCGGCUGAAGAAGAUUUCCAGCUUGACUUUGACAGUCAGUCGCUAUGCAGGGAAUGAAAGGGUUGGAUCUUGGUGAUGUCUAGCAACAAUAAUUUUUUAAUUUGUCACUUCCAUGCUCGCCCUUGUGUCUGCUAAUGAAGCAUUACCGCAAUAAAGUACCAAAAAACUUAGCAUCUCUGUGUGUUC